UUAAUCCUUUUUGGUCGAAUAUUCUAGUAUUUCCACACGAAAUUUUUCAGUGACGUUAGUUCUCAAUAAAUGACAGUCGUGAUUCGAAGUAGGACUUUUUUGAGCUUCUCGUUUCAUCAGAAUUUUCUUCAUCAAGAAGCCCAGAGUUUAAUAUGACCAU